AUGCAGAAACUCGACUGCAAAUCGCAAGAAGAACAGACGAACAUGAGUGUUGUACAGGUCAUCCUUGCCGCAGCAGUACUUCUGCUGGGAACAUCAUUUGUCAGGAGGCGGUACUUCUCUCCUUUGAGUGAUAUCCCUGGUCCUUUCGUGGCUUCAUUUUCUGCUUCUUUGUGGCAUCUCUGGCACAUUUACACUGGCCAUGUCGAAGAAGCUGUCAUCAAACAACACAAACAACAUGGGACUUUCGUCCGAAUCGGACAUAAUGAAGUCAGCAUUUGUGAUGCGUCUGCGAUUCGGCAGGUCCUCAUGUCACACAUGGACAAAGGGCCUACAUAUGCCAUUUUCAGUAUGCCUGACAAGCGCUAUGUAAAUCAGAUGGCCGAGUUGCAUUGUUCAGAACACAUGCGGAAAGCCAGAAAUCUGGCUGCUGGCUACUCAGUCACAAAUGUGAUUAAAACAGAGCCGUUCAUCGAUGGAGCACUUCAACUACUUCGGACCCAACUGGAAAGACUUGGGGCUUCAAAAUCCCCAGUCAAGUUUGAACAAUGGUUCAACUAUCUGGCCUUCGAUAUUCUGGGAGAAGCAACUUUCUCCCAGUCUUUUGGAUUUCUCGAAGCAGGGAAGGACCUUGGCGAUACAGUCGCCAACAAUGUGUUCUUGCGACUUUACAUCUCUAUCCUAGGCCAUUUCCCAUGGGCUCACGACUAUCUCCUCGCUAAUCCGCUGAUCGAGUAUUUCAAUCUUACACCCUCGAUGCACGUUUUCGAUACCUGCAUGGCAGCCAUCAAAUCUCGCUCUCAAAAUCCCGAGGUAAGGAAAGACAUGCUCGAGCAGUGGAAAGACCAACUUGCCAAACAUCCCGACCGAAUGGACGAAAUCGAAAUCGUCACAAACGCCAUCGGGAACCUCGGUGCUGGCUCCGAUACAGUGAGCUCGGUGCUUCAGGCUUUCGUCUACUACAUGAUCCGAGAUCCGGAGAUACUGGCGAUGUUGAGGAAAGAGCUCGAUGAAGCCCAUCUAGCAGAUGUACCGACUUUUGAGGAAACCCAGAACCUGCCUGUUCUGCAAGCAUGUCUCAAAGAGACUCUGCGCAUUCAUCCUCCAGUCGGCUUCGGUCUCACAAGAGUCGCUCCCGCAGAAGGCAUUACCAUCUGUAACCGCCACUUUGAACCAGGCACAAUCCUCUCCGUCAACAUCUGGGCCAUGCACCAGAUGACGUCUCUGUUCGGCGAUGACGCCGCCAUGUUCAACCCAAGACGGUGGCUGGACCCAGCCCGAGCAGCGAAGAUGAGUUCCGUCAUGAUUGCAUUUGGAGCUGGAUAUAACCAGUGUCCUGGACAGAAUCUUGCAAAACUAGAAUUGAAUAAGACAUGCGCGAUGUUGAUGAGGGAUUUUGAGAUUGAGUUGGUGGAUCCGGGGAAGGAGUGGAGGUAUGAGAAUUAUUUUACGGUUGCGCCGCAUGAUUGGCCUUGUGUUGUGAGGAGGAGGAAGAUUUUGUGA